GUCGGUGCCGUUGCAAGUGAUCGCCCGUCGACGUCUUGCUUCCACCCGAUCUGCGCACAUUGGCGUGGCGGGGCAGGGAGAGAGUCAUCCAACAGCGCACCUGUCGUGCCUGUUUAUCAUGCGUCUCUUAUUGGUUCAACGAGCCUCGAGACACACACACACACACACCCUCCCCGCCGUCGUAGUCGGGCUGCCGAUCGCGAGCGCCGGCCGGGCCGUCGCGAUGGACACCGACUCCCAGACGAUGGCGCUCGCCUACUUCCUGAGCUUCAUGGUCUUCUCGGCCGUCUCCAUCUCGCUCGUGUCGGCCUUCUCCAUGCGCCAGAAGCCCUAUAUCGGGCUGGCUCGCCGGCAUAGCCCGUCCCCGACGGAGCUCAAGGGUGGCGCCGGCGGCGGCGGCGGCGGCGUCGGCGUUAGCGGAAAGCAGCGCCGACGGAAGGAGCGUCGGCGCAACAAGCGGGCCGAGAAGCGCAACGGCGGCCGCCCGGUGGCCGAGGGCCGCCGCAGCGGGAGCCCCACGGCCAGCGAGGCCUCCAGCUCCUCGCCGUCGUCGUCGUCGUCGUCGUCGUCCGCCGGCGACGGCGCCGCAGACCUGGAGGACGCGGUCGCCUUCCUGGGUUCGCGCACCACCAACGUCAUCAACCCCGCGCCGAUCAACGCCGUUGCCGUGCCGCAGCCCGGCGGCCGCGCGGCGGCCAAACGGCAGCGAGCCGCCAACAGCAAUGCCAACGGCAUGGCGCCGGCGACCGUGCAGGGCAAGAAGAAGAAACUGAACCACGGUGGAAAGAGCAAGCGCAGCGAUUCCAACGCGUCACCUGAUUCGCCUGCGGUGGCGGCGGUUGGAGGUGGCGACGGCGGUGGUGGCACCCGUUUCGCCACGGAGCUGCCAGAUUCCGGCAGAGCGGGCGCCGGUUCCUCGGCGCAGGCUGGGAAGUCCGCCGAUUCCACCAAGGCGGCGGCAAAGGAAGCGGUGGGCAUCGGCACUUCGGCCAAGAAGGCUGCGACCACGGCCAGGUCGCCGGCUACCAAUGGAGCAACAACUCCCGUCGCUCAAGCGCCGGCGGCAAGGCCGUCGGCAGCCGGCAAGGCUUCGGCGAACCACGAGAUGGCGAAAGCGGUUGCCAAAACCAAGGGUCCGGCUGCUAAAGAUGUUUCCUCCUCCAUUACCACCACCACCACGAAGGCCUACGACGCGAACAAAGCGCCGGCUGCGAGCGCCGCCCCGGCGCCGGCUGCCAAGGUCCCGGUUCCUGCGGAGAAGGCGAACGGGGAGGGACGGGCGUCUGCGGAGUCGGGCGACACCACCGUGGGGCCCCAGAGUGGCUCACCGCUUAACAAGCGUGGCAGGAAGCAGCUGCAGCGGCAGCAGGAGCAGCAGCGGCAGCAGCAGCAGCAGUUGCAGGAAGCAUUGAUCGCGCCGCAACUGGCGCAGGAAGUGGCGACAGCGAUGACGACGUCCUCCACCUCUUCGUCGUCGUCGUCAUCAUCGUCAUCAUCGUCCUCCUCGUCGAAGCAGCUUCCCUCGAGCUCCUCUUCCUCGUCGUCCCCCGUGCCAUCGUCCAAAUCGUCAUCCAAGUCUCACUCACCGCAGCGGGAGGUCGGCACCGCCGUGACCGCUGCCGCUGCUCCCCCUGCGAUUCCGUUCGCAGCGCCGGCCGACGGUGUGGCCGGGAAGGGCGUUGCCCGACCGCCACUGCAGGAGGAGGAGGAGCCCGUGGCCCCAGCAGAUGAGGAUGAGGAGGUGGAGGAGGAGGCCUCGGGCCUGCCGGGCGACAGUGCCGGGCUCGGCAAGAGGAGCAGGCGGAGGAGGAAGGGAAAAGGGAGGCAGGAUGGCGUCAGCGGUGGGAUUGUGGCCGACGAAGAGAACUCCGAUGUGCACAAGAACCUCUUCUCAGCUAUCAAGAGCGCAGUGGCGCUGCCCGACGAGGAGACGGGCAACCUCGUGGGCAUCCUCAUGCACUUCAUCAGAGCGGGCAUCAGCGAGGACACCUUGCUCGAGGCCGACCAAGGCGUGGGUCUGAAAGGCAAGAUGCGCGAGAAUGAAAAUCUCCUCGUGGCUGAGAGGGAAGCGACGGCCGAGGCAAAUAAGAAAAUCCAGCUGCUGUACCAGGAAGUGGCCAGCGAGCGGGCAAGGGCCUCCGCGUGCGAGCAGGAGCUGGUGGCGCUGCGCUCGCGCCUGCAGGCCUCGAGCCAGGAGCACGCCGCAGAGGGCCAGCAGCUCGCCGUGAAGUUCCAGCAGGUGAGCGAGGAGCACGGCCGGGCCCAGGAGGAGCUGACCAAGCUGCGGCAGGAGGUCGGCAUCCUUCGCGAGGCCCUCAACGGCGUCACCGCCCAGAAUGACGCCAAGCAAGCAGCGGAGAUGGCCCGGCUGCACAAGGAGUGCCGGCGGUUCAUGACAGAGAUGUCGGAGAAGAACUCCAAGAUGAUGGCCCUGGAGGCUGAGAAUGAGUCGCUGCGUGGCUCUCUGUCCGGGCUCGAGCAGAUGCAGGGCCGCCACAAGGAGGUGGAAUCGGCCCUGCAGAGGCAGCUGAAUGAGGCGACCGAGGAGCUCCGGGCCAACAAGUCGCACAGCGGCAGCAUCAUGGUAGCAUGGGAGCAGACCGGCUCGGAGCUGCACUCCACUAAGCAGCGCUGCCUCGACCUGCAGUCAGAGCUGAAGUCGGUGAUGUCCCAGCUCGCUGGCCGCACUACCGAGUCCGAGUCUCUGGUGGCGCAACUCGGGGACAGCCACUCCCUCCUCGAUCAGUCCAACGUCCGCCUCGUGGCCAUGGACGAGGCCUACAAGAGCCAGCUGGCGGAGGUGCAGGCGGUGUGCGAGGGCGAGCGCGGGCGCGCGGGGGAGCUGGAGCGCGAGCGUGGGGAGCUGCGCUCGGCGCUGAGCCAGGCCGAGAUGCAGAAGGCGCUGUGGCAGAUGCGGCUCUCCGAGAUGGAGGCGGCCUCCGCGGCGCCGUCGCACAACUCGGACGCCGUCGUGGAGGAGCUGUGUUUGGAGCGAGACAGCCUCAAGGCCGACCUGGCCGAUCUGCGGACUCACAACUCGAUGCUGGAGAACAAAAUCUCCGAGAUGGAGUGCCUGAAGGCCGAGAUUGGCAUCAUGGGUCAACGCACCCAGCUGCUGGACGACAUGACCUCGGAGCUCGAGAGCCUCAAGAGCGAGGUGGCUGACAUCCGUCGCGAGAAGGAGGCACUGGAGGUGCAGGCCUCGCGCGUGAGCUCGCUCAAGACGGAGCUGUCUCAGACCCGCUCGCUCGUGGAGGCGGCCGAGUCGCGACUGCGCGACUUCUCGGCGCUGGGCCUGGCCCCCGAGGCCCUGCGAGCGCAGCGCGACGAGCUGCUCGCGGAGCGCGAGCGCUCGCGCCGCCUGCAGCGCGACGCGGCGGCGGCGGCGGAGGAGGCGCAGCGGUGGAACGCUCGGGCGGGCGACGCCGAGCGGCGCCAGCGGCGGCUGGAGGAGGAGUCGGCGGCCGCGGAGGAGCGCGGGCGGCAGUCGGCGAUCGCCGCCGCCGAGGAGCUCCGCGCGGAGUUGGGAGCGGCGGGGAGUCGCGUGCGGGAGCUGGAGGCGCAGCUGCGGGCGGCCACAGUCGAGGCCGAAGGGCUCAAGUCGGCGGCGGCGCUGCGAGCCGAGCUGCAAGGCCAAGUCGGAGGCCUGCAGGAUGCCCUGAGUGAGGCCUGCCAGCAGAAUGUCGUGCUGAGCGAGAGGAUCAGUCUCCUGGAAGAAGCGGAGAAGGUCAAGAGGAGCGACGCCGCGCAGGCUGCUGCGCGCGAGAAGGAGGCGAUGCGAGCGGAGUUUGAGACGCAGCUGGCCCGGCUUGAGGAGCGCGUGGCGGCGGUGAAACAGGGAGAUGGGUCGCAUGAAGAGAUCGGCAAGCAGCAGAAAUUGCUGGAGGAGCGCCAGGCUGAGAUCCAGGCCCUGCAGGAGCAGACGGCCGCGCUGCAGAGCGACCUGGAUAAGCAGCGGCAGAAAAACGACACACUCCGCCAGAGGAACUGGAUGGCAGUCGAAGCGUUGUCCACAACGGAAAAAUUUUAUCAGGACAAAGCCGCGAAGCAGCAGCAGGACUUUGCAGCACAGCUGCAGGCGGUGCAGGGAGACCUCCAGGACCUGGCCCGGAGGCUCCUCCCAAGCGGCAGCGUCGUGCCAGGCGUGAGCCACAGAGAGAUCCUGGAGCUGGUGGAGAGGAGGUGGAGCGACCUGGGGUCUCGGCACAGCUGCAGCGCGGACGAGCUGCAGAGCCUCAACUCGAGGCUGCGGGAGUUGGAAGAGUCACACAGCUCGGCACAGCACGAGUGCGACAGAUACAAGACCGUCUUGGCCGACACGGAGGGGAUCCUCUGGAGGCUGCAGAACAGCGUGGAGGCGGAGGAGAAGCGAUGGAGAGAGCGCCUCUGCGAGGCACAGAGGGAGGUUCACACGCUGCAGGAAGAGCGUUUGGAAGUGCAGGGCAGUAUGGAAGCCUUGCAGAAAGAGAAAAACAACCUUGCCGCACAGCUGAUGGAAGAGCGAGCCCUGAGGGCUCUGUCAAACACAGUGGAGAGAGUCAAGGCCAUAAGGGCAGGCAGCAGCUCUGAUGACAUCAGCCAGGACAGUGACUACCCCUCCAAGAACGAGGUUGAUCCGAUGUGAGACCAGAACUGCGACAACGGGCAUAUACGAAAAUGAAACUCCGUUUGCAAGCCUUUUUGAAUCUUGAGUUGCUGACAUUAGGGGCAAUGGUUUACCUUAGCUCCGGUAAUUUACAACCACCGCUCCCUCCGCCCCCAGCAGUCUCCUCCGUCUAAAUACCACACAUUUAGCCUCUACGUGUCGCACUCGCCAGAGACGAUCGUCGAAAUGAAAGCCCUUGCACCACAGUGGGUCACGGAGACUGAAAAUUGAGAAUCCCCUGGUCUAUUCUAACAAGGUUUAUAAUAUAGUGGAACCAAUAAUCUGUGACCAACCCUCUCUUGUCAGCCUACAUAAGCGUUCUUGAAUAAAUGAAUCAAUGUCCGCUGUUAUUGGCGGUGGGGAGGGAGGGGGGGGAAGCAAUUGCCCCACAUAACCAUGAUUUGGAGAAGAAAAAAAAAUAUGCUCAAGAUGAAAAAUAUCCCAGCACUGGCAUCUGGGAGCCCUCAAAACUCCCUUUCCCACUGGCACAUUCGAGCAGCGCCAGUACGGGGGGCCCCUCAUGGCACAGGUGGCUUUCUACCGUUUUACAAGUGCCGAGCCGGAAUUAAACCACGAUGCCCUGGGGUCACAGGACAUCUAUCGGCAUACAUCUCUGGGCCAAGCAGAGCGACGGGCGGUGGCGGGGUUAAUUGUUUCGGUCGUUCAUUACGACUCCACUGGCUCGUCGCGAUUGUCAGCCGUUCUUGUUUUGUCGUGAGAAAAUCAACUUGGUGCCUGCUAGAGCCACACCAGGCCGGCUUGGCAUAGCCCUGGCGUGGCUCGGUUGUGCGAGUGGAAUAAGAGAGCUUGAGAGUAAAUUUUUUGAUUGAAAUUCACAAUUGGUGGCCGAAAACUAUUCAGGGUUUUCUCCUUAAGAAUGCAGUCAUGAAUAUUGGGAAUCUACCCUAAGACGCGCUACCGAGCUACUUGUUUGUAUCCAGUGCAACCUCUGCUCAGAGCCAUUGUAUGUGCCGUGCUAUGUAGGAAUGGAAAGAUUGAUUCCUCAAUUAAGCUUGCAAAUACAUGCCUUUAAUCGCGUGUGUACGUUAUCGAUUAUUUAAAUCCGUGUUUGUUGCGUGUGAUGGGUUCAUGUCGCCCCUGCAGCCACUAGAGGGCACUACCAUAAGAGGGUUGAUUUUAUUAAAUUUAAUUGCAGCCCCAUGACUCAUGACAAUUCGUUGAAUGCAAGGUGUGGAUUUGUUCUAACGGUAUAACGAGAGGUGGGUUUUGUACAAGACAGCACUGUGGUCGUGUAGGGUGUAAUCCAGUAGAGCCAUAAGUAAAAAAAACGGUUUAAAAAAAUGCAAUAUGCCCGUGAAGCUUACAAAGCAGCAACGGUGCGACCCACCCAUAGGAGGUCUCCAUUGAGCGGAUGGGCAACAUUCUGACUCGGUCCCAAUGCACGGCACCGGAACCCAACGUGACUGUAACAGACGAGCCAACGCGUAGACCUUACAAUGUAAAGCACGCACGAUCCAAACGUGGGCGUAGAGCAUUUGGACGAUGUACUAGGGCGGGAACGUCUGUUUAAUAUAUUAAAAGAUUUAAAGAGUGCA